CGCUCCGCUCCGCGCGCCGCCUUCCACGUUUUCCCUCAUUCCAGCCACGCCCCGGAUUCCGGCUCCGGGUUUCCCGCAGGCCCGCGCUCAGCCCAGCUGUUCGCAGCUGUCCGGCCGCCGCUGCCCGGUGUCCUGCGCCCGCCCGCCCCGUCCGCUGUCCCGGCCCGGCCGCUCCGAGCCCGGCCUCCGGCCCCACCCGAGCCCGGCCAUGUCCGGGGAAGAGGCAGCGGCGCCCCCGGCCCCCGCCGACCAGGCGCCCCCGGCGGAGCAGCAGGCGGCGGGCGGCGGGGACGCGCCCCCGGCGGAGCCCCAGUACCGGGCCCUGGUGCUCUCGGGCUUCGGCGGCUACGAGAAGGUGAAGGUGCAGGUGCGGCGGGGCGAGCCCAGCCCGCGGCCCGGGGAGCUCGCCGUGCGGGUCCGAGCCUGCGGCCUCAACUUCGCCGACCUGCUGGCCCGGCAGGGGCUGUACGAGCGGCUGCCGCCGCCGCCCGUCUCCCCCGGCAUGGAGUGCGCGGGCACCGUGCUGGCGCUGGGCGAGGGGGUCACCGGCCGCCAGGUUGGUGAUAAGGUGAUGGUGCUGGCCAGAGCAGGGCUCUGGCAGGAAGUCGUGACCGUCCCAGCCAAUCAGACUUACCCGAUGCCUGACGGAAUGAGCUUCGAGGAAGCGGCCGCCUUUCUGGUCAACUACAUCACGGCGUACAUGAUCCUCUUUGACUUUGGGAACCUGAGGCCCAACCAGAGCGUUCUCAUCCACAUGGCUGCCGGGGGGGUGGGAACAGCUGCCAUUCAGCUCUGCAAGACGGUGGAGAACGUCACCAUCUUUGGCACUGCCUCUGCCUCCAAGCACGACGCCCUCAGGGAAAGCGGGGUCGCUCACCCAAUUGACUACAGGAGUAUGGAUUACGUGGAGGAAGUCCGGAAAAUCUCCCCAAAAGGAGUCGACGUUGUUUUGGAUCCACUGGGAGGAUCGGACACUACCAAAGCAUUCAACCUCCUGAAGCCAAUGGGCAAACUCAUAACCUAUGGGGUGGCCAACCUGCUCACUGGGCAGAAGAAGAACCUGAUGGCCAUGGCGAAGACCUGGUGGAACCAGUUCAGUAUCAACGCUCUGCAGCUCCUGCACCUCAACAAGGCCGUGUGCGGCUACCACCUGGGUUACAUGGAUGAAGAGUUUGAGCUCAUUGGGGGUGUUGUGGCCAAGCUGGUUAGCCUGUACAACCAGGGCAAAAUCAAACCCAAAAUAGACUCCGUAUGGCCCUUUGAGCAGGUGGCAGAUGCCAUGAGGCAGAUGCAAGAGAAGAAGAACGUUGGGAAAGUCAUCCUAGUUCCUGAGCUGCCGAAGGAAGAACCCAAGAAAGAGGAAAACUAAAGCAAGGAGACGUGUCUGCAGGUUGUGAGUCUGUGGUUUAACCCCUAACCCCUUUGGGGCCUGGGAAUGGACGGCUCAGACCUGCCAUCUUCCCCAUGAAGGGAAUGAUACAUUUUUAAAGCCGGUUCUAGGACUGUGAGCGUCUUGGGUUGUGAAUCAUAUGCACCUGCCAUAGCCAGCCUCCCCCAGGUGUGAUUGUGUAACAUUGUGUGAUGCCUCCCACCUUAGCCCUGCUUUUCCCACCGCAUUGGUAUAGCUCCUUUCCCAAAUUCCAAACCAAGUUCUUUUCCUCUGGCAACGCCUCUCUGGCCUCCAAGCAGUCAGUGACUAAUGGCUGCGUAGUAUGUUGCUGCAAAGUGUAAAUGCAAAUUGUUAUAGCAACCAUUGACUGUCUCCAUAGAAACUGAGCCCUUUUUGCAGUCUUACGAUGCACGUUCAACAGACGAAUGUGCCAAGCCAGAGAUGCUUGUCAAUGAAAUUGCUGUAGGAAAAUAACAUCAGACCGUGCAUUAUUCUAGUGCUGGUUAUUUCUUUGCCGUUAUUCCUGCUGUCACGACACUUCCCUUCCUCCUCCCCCUGCUUUUCCCCACACCCCCAGGCCUUUAAUGCCAAUCAGCUGGCAAAAGGCCAGUUUUUCUAAGCCCAGCUUAGUAUCUUAGAUGCUGGUCACGCUGUAGCUUUUUAAUUUGCUGUUCCUUCUCUGUGCAUGCUGCAUGUAACCUGAGGAGCAGUUAGGCUGGUGCUAUAUGAAUACUAAAGAGACAUUUCAGUUCAACAAUUUGCUCUCGUCCAUUUUCUGCUCCCAAACCGUUAGGGAAAGUCUAAACCAAUUCCGUGGUCAAAGCUGGGUCUGGAGACCGAACGGGCUCAGCUGUGUCUCCGAAAGGACUGACCCAUUUGUGUUGGCUCUAUGUGCUUUGUUAACGUUGGGCUCUGAAUGUCCGUCAGGCUAAACUUCACCCUCGUGUUUGUUACCAAGGGCUGCAAAUGUGAAAACGUGUCUGCAAGGCUGGGACAAAACAAGGCUUGUGGUCGGCCUUCGCUUCUGCGGUUGUGUGUGCUAGGACGGGGACGCUGCAGCUCUGGAAGGGAGCAGGCCCAGUAGAGUCUGGAGAGCCAGCAUGUGACUCCCUCAGAACCACACACUGUAGAAAUCAAAGGUCUGGGCUCAGACCUGUCGAACCCGCUGGUGUGAGGCUCCCACCUGGUUAGAUCCUGGCUUCCGUUUUGCACUUUCCACUCCAGGUUUAAUUAGCUUUUCAGAUUCUCCACUAGUCCCAGGCUGUCCCUGUGGCUAGCUAGCGCCGAAGGGGGGCUUGCAGCUUGUCUGCUCGAAUCGCGAAGUGCCAGUGUUUCAGGACACUUCCUAGUGCUGCUGAGAUGCUGGGAACUGCCCGUGGGCUCCUCUCCCCAGGAAGAAAGCUGGGCUUGCCCAUGCCAGACGUGUGGUCAAGCUGUGGCUGGGAACCUGACCGGUUCCUUGUCUAAUGUUCCGACUGGUGCUGCCCCUUCCAGCCGCGCUCGCUCUCCUGCUGCAGUCUCGGGACCUGGCGCUUUGCUGCUGUUUGCACUUGCUCUAGCAGUCCGGGGCUGGUUCUGCUGGGUGGUGGAUGGUGCAGUAGCUCAGGCUUUGCUUGUAUUUGGAUCUGGUAACUGAAGGGACCAAGCCCCCACCCCACCCCCUUUCUGUAAAGUGCCGUAGCAGAAGCAAAAUGCUGCUCUUAAAUAAGAGCAAACAUGGAUCUCCUGGGCUGUGAACGUUCCCUCCUGCUGGCUCCCUCCCUGCAUUAAAGAAAACCUGGUCCAGCAUCAGCACGAGAAUUGGAGGGCGACAGCCUCCAUUAGCUGCCCCCGCCCCAGGAGACGUAAGUGGCGCAUCACUAAGGCUUGGGCUACACUAGCAACUAACGUCGGGGUAACUAUGCAGCUUUACCGACCGAGCUCCGGUGUAGACAACGCUGUGUCAGCGGGAGGGUGUCUCCCAGCGACACGGCCACCGCCUCUCGGGGGGCGCGGUACGGAUGCCGACAGGAGAAGCCUCCUCUUGGCGUAGGCAGCUCCUUCACUGACGUGCUACAGAGGUGCAGCUGCAUUAUCUCAUCAGUGCAGCCUGGGUUGCUGUUCCUGCUCCCUUACCCUGUCGGGUUGCGUUAGGCCUGGAAUCUGGAGGAUUCACUUCAGGUGUAAAAUGGGGCCCCCGUUUAGGUCUUCAGAAAGCAAACCACGAUUGGGUUCAGACCCUCUUCUGUCUUCGUUCCUUCCAUUCGUGACGCGGGGAUUGACUCCGCAGAUGUGAUGCAGCGAAACUCACAAGCACAACUUUUUUCUAACCUUUUCUAAAUACAAACUCUCCCCGCUGGGUUUUUUCCCCUCUCAGAACCGCUCCUGCCCAGUGAAUUAGCUUUGAUUUUUCCAUUGGUUUACGCCGUUUCACCACAGGUUUGUAAAAGCAGUUCAGACACUUGGGCUUUUCCUUGACCUGCUCUUGUCCAAAUCUUGGCUUCACCUUGAGACAGGAGGAGUCUGGCCAAACUGCACACUGCACCGCAGAGCUUCAGGUUCUCUAGAGUCUUUGAAAGGGGGAAAAUGGUUGCCCCUUCCUUGGCUCUCCUCCGCUGAGAGCACCUGGUGCCUUACUCCAGACGGCCUUAUCCCGGGCACCAUCGCAAGGCUUUUGAAGUCUAGUCCCCUUUUAGCAAAUGGGAAUAUCUUGUAUCUUCCUGUAGGACAACUCUGACGUAUGCUGCAUUGCAACGCACCAUAGAAAACAGUAUCUCAGUGCCUUUUCUAGACAGCUUGUAGGACUAGCAAGUCACUGAAGCCUUUGCCAUACUGGCCUCUUAAAAUACUGCCAAAAAUCUAGUGUGCUGCAAAAUAGAUAUGGCUUGUGAUACACAAGUGACCUAGCCCUGCCUACCCUCCGCCUCGAUAUACUCCUCGUACACGUGUUUUAUGGGCUCUCCAGGCUGACCCCUGGAAGCUCCUGCUCCAGAGCCUAAGCAGCAGAGGCUACCGUAAGGCAAUGCCUCGCAUUUGGAUGUGGCCAAAGGUGCCCGUGUAUGUCAGUAUCUCUAGGCCUGUCCUCUUGCAAAGCUUUGCUGGUAGUGGCCUCUCCUGGGGCUGAGGUGAGGACAUUGAGGGUUUGUCACCAUUGCAGAGACUCUCUGGAAUUUCUUUUCUCUUCGUUUGCAAUGUGUAGUUGAUAGUGAAUUUUCUACCUAUAAACUUCUGACACCCUUUUCAGUCUGACUUCUGAAUCCUUCCGAGCAGUAUGGUAGUUGUGAUAGAGAUUAGCACUGACUCUGCACCGCAGUAGCUACGUUUUCUACAGAAGAUUAAGUGUAACCUUGCGCUUUACUGCCUCAGACUAACGCUCUGUUCUAGAUUUUAUAGUAGCCUGGCAUUUUAUGGGCCAGUAAGUAUUAAACCUACUGAUCGUCAGUCUUAAUACAACUUUAUUACCAGUGUCUCAAACAACUUGUUAAACAGCAGGUUGUUCUAGCAAGGACCAAAGCACAAUGUCAUUCCACUCCAGAAGAUGUCUGAUUAGAAGGAAACAUGCUGAACAGUUGAGGGCACAACGAGUGUCAUCCAGGGAACAGAGAGGGCCACGUUGCCUCUUAAAUUGUGCAUCGUUCCAAAAUAAGUGAAGUGCAGAUUAAUGUUCAUUUUGCUAAUUGAUCAUUUUGACUCAAAUCUUGUGCCAUGGGGGCAAAAUGGCUGAAGGGCAAAAGUUUGUGUUGUGAUGCUAUGAGCACUAGCUAAAGGUUUCUGUGUUCCCUGCACUCUCUCCUGCUGCAGUUUGCAGGGUGUUCUGCCUUUGGUAUGUACGUGUAGAUUGCGAAAUCCAGUGGUAUCUGUCUAAGUGUGACCUGAGCAUCAUUGCUGUAUCUGUAACCAAAACUGCCCAUCCAGGAAGGGGCCCUUAAACACAACUGUACGUGCUUUGCCAUCCCCAGGCGGCUUUAGAACUAAAAAGCUUGUUUAGUUUAAUCAGAAAUUUAUUAGUUACAAAGGUUUCUUGCACCUGGGAGAUGGGAGUGGAAAGGAGCUCAGCUUGCACAAACAUAAGCCCUAUUGAGAUCUGUAGCUACACCAAGACAGUAUUUGAGAGGUGAGGAAGGGUCCUACAGACACCAGGGAAUGGAGUUUAGCUGCAUGUUUAGUUACAAACCAGCUGUGUGAAGUAGAGUUGAGUGACCAGUGAUGGGCAAAAAGUGUUGUGGGCAUCAGACUUUAACCAGUGCAGGAAUCUGACCCACCUGCAGCUGCGGUCGGAGGUGUGAAACCACCCCUGUUGCCAGAUGAAGUCUGUGAUGCCCAAAGCACUGGUGAUGGCAAAGGGUGAUGAGCACGGUGUGAGAAUGGGGCAUGCUUGGAGCCUCUUACGACACACGGCAGUGUCUGUGCCGUCCGGUUGAUUGGCGGAGGUGUGAGCCCAGUGGCUGUUGUCCUACAGCACGGCGUUUUUAAAAAUAAUUAUAUUCCGCUUUGUGCGUGUAACCAAGUUGAACAGAAAGCGAUUGUGCCAAUGCUGUUUACAUGACUACAACGUGUAAUGCUCUUCUGCCUAACGUUACCGUAUGCCUUAUGUGUUUCAAAUGUUAAUUAAAAGCAUAACAAAA